UUUUUCUAGACAAUUUAUUUUAAUGUAAACAUCCAACGGGGAGAGAACGUGGAAAAGAGUUCGUGGAAAUUCGAGGCCUAUGCAAAAAACCCGCGUUUAAAAGAAAAUUAAAAUAAAAACGAAGAUAUAUAUUACCGAAUAUUAACAAAGGAAAACAAAUUUUGUUUUGCUGCAAAUGUGUUUUUAAAAGAAAAUUGAGAAAAAGAAAAUUAAGAAAUAAAUACAGAAAAAAAUUGUAACAAAAGGAUUAUUUUUUUAUUUUCGGAUAAAUUUAUUUGUCGACAAAAGUGCUUCAAUCAAACAAGGAAACGAAACGUUAAACCCUGUGUGCGCAGACACCGAGAGAUAUAAAAUUGAAUAAGUUCGAAACGUAUUGCUCGCGUACAACAACAACAACAAUAUUUAAAAAAAGAAGAAAAUUAUUGCUCAAGAGGUAAAAAGAGCACUUUUUUCGUUGGAAUAACAACAACAACACGAUAUUUGGUGCUUAAUUUUUGUGUUUAAACAUUUUUUUAUUUUGGAAAUUACCACUACCACAACAAAGAAUUUAUUUCGUUAACAAUAUAAAUUGUCAGUACCAAACCAAAACCAUAACCGACAAAAAGGAAAACCAAAACAAAAAAUUUAAUUUUUUUCCUUUCAAAAAUGGGCAAAUUAUUGAGUUUAUUGGCACGUGAUGACUCAAACUGUUGCACAGCCAAAUCGUAUGAUGUCUUCUUGGAUUUUGAGAAUGCGGCACCCACAGAAACCGAACGUGAGGUAUACGAUGAAGUGGAUCGUGUGCUGAAAGAAUCAGAAGCCGUGUUGGAUGAGAUACAAGUCUAUAAGGGUGCUGGUAAAGAAAUACGUGAAGCCAUUGCCGAUCCCUCACCACAGUGCCAAGAAAAAGCCUGGGCAGCCGUCCUGCCGUUAGUAUUAAAACUGAAACGAUGCUAUGAACACUCGUUAGAGUUGGAGAAAAUCGUACCAAAGCUAUUGGGUCAACUGGUGGGCGGUAAAUUAAAUCCUACACAGCAUUUGGAGACACAACAGGCUCUGGUCAAACAACUAGCAGAAAUUUUAGAAUUUGUUUUAAAAUUCGAUGAACAUAAGAUGAAAACACCUGCGAUACAAAAUGAUUUCAGUUAUUACAGACGUAUCGUCAGUCGACAACGUAUCGAUGCGACAAAUAACAUGCUGGUGAGCACAGAAUUGGCCAAUCGAAUGUCAUUGUUCUAUGCCCACGCUACACCCAUGUUGAAAGUAUUAAGUGAAGCUACCUCUAAGUUUGUUGCCGAUAAUGCCGACGAUGUGGACAACACAACGGAAACACUGGGCACAAUGGCCAAAGUGUGUCUGCGAAUGUUGGAAAACCCAAAACUUCUUCAACAAAUUGAACGCGAAGAAACCCAUCUGCUGGUAUUAAGAGUUAUGGUCGGUCUUGUUAUACUAUACGAUCAUGUUCAUCCAGUCGGUGCAUUUGCCCGCGGUGCUCAUGUCGAUGUCAAGGGAUGUGUAAGACUUCUACAACAACAGCCGGCCAUUAAGGCGGAGCCUCUGCUAAAUGCUCUGCGAUAUACAACAAAACAUCUUAAUGAAGAGAAUACGCCUAAAAAUAUACGAAAUCUAUUGGCAGCAUAAUAUACAAGUCGUCCACCCCAAAUUAUGCUAUCACUAUUUCAAGAGCAAACAGACAAAUCGAAAUGCCAGGACAAUGAUGAUGAAGAGCGAGGGCGUAGGAGGAUGUACACAAAAACCCAACGGUGCAUCAUGGUGUGUUAAUAAAUAUCAGCUGUUUAACCCAUCCCAAUACACACACAUACAAACAUCUAUCCUUGCCACCUGCUACGAUGUCAUCGUCCUAGUUAUUGUCGUUUAUAAACAAAUGAUAGAUUACAUAUUAAGUAAAACAAAAAUAUUAUAUAUGCAUGUGUGCUGCAAAAUAUCUGUUUUAUUAUUAUUAUAAUUAUUUUGUUUUAAUGUACUAAAAUUACUUUUUCUUGUGUCUUCUUAGGCUUUUAAUUUUUAUGUUUAAAAAAAUAAAUAAAACAAAAAUAAGGAACUGUUGAGUAAAUGACCCUUUCUGAUUUGGUCCUUUACCCAGCAGCUAUUGCAUUGCGCUACAACCAAAAAUAAUUACAAAAUAAAAGCAUAUUUCAACAGUAGUCUGCAUAUUUGCGAAACACCCUCAAUAUGUAAGGUUCAGAUCACAAAAUACAAAAUUUUAUUGCAGAUGUGCUGUGCUGUCCAUUGCUAAAUGUUAAUUUGUGUAAGAUCUUAUAACUUUCUCUAAAUAGCAAUUCAGUCCAAAUGAACAACAACGACCCUUUUUUAUUCAAAAUAAUCAAAAUUUUCCUUUUUUGUGGCGAUUUAGUGCAAGUGAAUAAUUCCCUCAGCGGGAAACAUAUAAAAAAGUUGUUAGCUUUCAUUUCUCAAUGUUUUCUUUAUAUGAUUUAUGCUACCCUUCUUUAAGAGCACGUUUACACUACCAAAUCCAAUCAAUUUUAAAUAUUUUAAAUGCCAAUUCCAUAGCCCAUACGUCACGCGUCAAUUGCUUGGGAACAUUGAUAUGCCAAAAAUUUUUAAAAUGUUCUUUUUUUUAAUAUAAGCAGAUUUUACGUUUUCAACAAUUUUUACAAAUUUGAAUAAUUUUUCAUUCAAAAUUUUCAAUUCCAAAAUUGGCUUGACAGUUCAAUGUCCCGUCACCUGUGUCGAUGCGUCAACCUGUAUUCUUCUACCAUGGUAAAUACAUGGUACAAUAAGGAGGUAGAACAACUUCAUAAAACUACAGAAAUACAGCCCUAAGGCUAUGCCCGCUUCCUUUCAGAAUUAUUCAAAAGUAUAUUCAACAAGUUGUUUCUAUUUAUUCGUUGUUUUUGUUCAUAUAAAAAAAGUUAAAAACGCGAAAAAUAAAUGAAAUACCUGGAUUUUUUCUAAAAAAUAUGAUACAAAGUUUUCAAUCUUUCAAAUCUAGUAAAUAUCCUCAAUGCGGGUCCCGCAAUUUACAUUUCUUUCAAUCAUUGAUUUUUUUUAAAUACACGCAAAAAAUUGGAAGAAGUCGGGCAAACUUGGAAAAAAUUGUAAUCAGCUGGUAGCUCUACCUUACCUUUUUAUUGUACCAUGGGUAAAUCGUAUUCAUAAAUUGCGUGCAUAUUAUUUGACAUAUACGCUAUGGAGUUGAUAUUUGAAAUGGAGUGGAUUUCCUAAAUCUAAAUGUACUUUAAAGUCAGUCAGAACAGUAUUAGUAUUCUUAUAUAAAUUGAAACACUUAAUUUCAUAACCCGGGUAAUGUUCACUUGAAGGUAAAAUUGUUACAUCCUUGUCGAAUAGUGAGCAAAUGACAAUACAGAUUCCACAUUAUUGCAAUAAGAUGCUAAAUGUUAAAUUCUGCUAAAUUUUCUCUAGAACUGAAGUCCAAUCUUCACUUAGAGGCCCAAAUUUUGCUUACGUUGAACAACAAAUUAUGUUAAAUUAAUAUUACAUUUUUGUUGUUCGACAAUUUUUAGUUGCAGUUGGUGCUAAUGAAUCACGGAAAUGUUCUUCUGUUUCUCAUCCGAAACAUGUCUCUCAGCAAGUGCUUGCGUAUCCAUAUUAAUUAUUUCGUAAAACAAAUUAGAAUGCGUAGUAUAAUUUUGACAGAGACCAACCCACGGGCCUUUUUCUUAAUGACUGGGAAAAUCAAUUUUUGAUUUUUUCUAUCGAAGUUUUUUGGUAAACCAUCUGCCAAGGAAUGAAGGAUAUAUUACACUUAAUAUUCCUUUUGAAACUUAAAUUUUCAUUAUAAUUUGGAAUUCAAUAAGAUUUAUAUAUUAUGCGUUAGCUAUCUUAAAAAAUCAAAGUACCAUAUAUUUUAGGGAAUGAUGCUGAACUAACUCAACUUAAAAGCGGGAGUACGAAUUUGAGGUUACAAAUUGUACAGUAUUUUAUAUUUAAAUGCAAAAUGUUGGUUGGAUGUGGUUUCGUUUGGAAUAUUUAGAUCUUGGGAGCAUAUAAAAGGUCCCUCUACUUCAAAUUCUUCUUCUUCUCCCUCGACAUCUUUAGAAACAUUGCAUAUUUGGUAAGGAUAAAAGAAAAUUAGACUUCCUCAUCAAACCUGAUGUAAACAAUCAACAAGUCUGUCAUUUUUAAGGUUUUUCUACAGAAAACAUAUUAUUCUAUAUUCUUUUCAGUAGCCAAAAGAGGUGGCACAUCCUCGCCACAUUGAUAUCUAACAAAUUUCAAUUAAUUAGAAAAUUUUAGUUAAAACCAAUUUUCAACAAAAACAAAACAAAGUUAUAUAAUUUCAUUAAUCUAAAAAUGGCAUACACAAACUCAUUUCAAUCGAUUUUUUUUUCGAUAUUGAGUGUAGGAAUUUAUCCCCACAUAAUUUUUUCCUUAAGCCCUAUAUGUAAAAUUAUAAUCUAUUCGGUAAUUUGCAAUUUAAAAAAGGAUUUUUAAUAAUAUUUCUGAAAAGCAAAAACCUUAUGAACUUCAUUUGUUCUGGUUCUUUUUGUUUUUAGAGUAUUUCGUUGUCUACAUAUUUGCUCUGUUCCAGAAAUGCAAGAAUGUAUUUUUUUCAAUUUUGACCAAUUUUUCCCUUAUGAUAUCGACAGAAAAUUGCAACACCAGUAUAUUCCUGCAGGUCCAAUUGAUUAUUCCAUAAACAUAUGCAAGUGUGCCGGAUUGUCGAAAAUCCCUAGAUCUUCACAAUAAACUAGGCAAGCAAAAAACAUGCUUCACGUUUUUAAAUUUAGUUAACAAAACAAUAAAAAUAUAUUUAUCUAAAAGCCCACAAAAAUUGAACUUUUUGUCCUAAUACAACUUUUUGAGGGUGUGUUCCCAAAAUAUGCAAUUUACUUCUCUAUUCAGUUUUUUUAUGUUUGUAGCACGCCGUAAUUUAAAUAAAUUUGGGUUCUCAAUAGCAAAUCUAAUGUUUUUAAAAUGAAGAUGUAAGCCAUUUCUAUGCAAGUUUUUAUUAAAAUUUUUCUCUAUAUUUGCAAUAUGUUUUUUUCUUUCAUAGUUUUAUAAUAAUUUUUCCUUUUACUUUUGCAAAAAAAAAAUUGUAUAAUAUUUGUUAAGUUAUCAAAUGUACUGUGUAAGAAAUGUCUUAAACGAUUUUUUAAAAUAAGUUUUACGAAUUGUUUAAUUAAUUGUACGAGUGUGUGAUUAUUAUUUCUGUUUCUAAGUAUUUUCUUAUUUUUAUAUUUAAUAUAACAGGAAUUAUUUGCAUAUUUUUAAAAUACGUAUUGCUGGUGGUGUAUCUAGUAUUCAAAAUGCAUUUAAAUAAAUUGAAAAGAAACUAAAAAAACUGAAACGAUAAUAAGUCCAUAUCCUUUACAGAUUCCUUAAUUAUAUACAAAGAAAUUAUAUACAUAUAACAUUUUGUUCAUAAUAUAUAAAUUAAAAAUUACAAAAUUUCGUACUGGUAACGCCUCUGUUUUCCAAAUAACACCAUCAUCAAAGAAAGUAAAUUUUAUAUUAUAUUAGUUUAUCUUUUGUACAAAUAUCAAAGAAAGAAGAAGAAAAUAUAAAUUGAGAAAUAUAAUACAUACCAAUGUCAAUAUAAAUUAAUUUGAUUCGAAUAUCUCUAUUGUUAUGCAUUUUUGAUUAUCAUUACGAAGGAGGUUUUUGCUGUGUGUAUACAAGUUCAUAUUUAUUAUCUACAAAAAAAAACAAAUGUAACUAAAACUGCAUCCAAAAAGGAAAAACUAAUGAAAUUAUUUUACACCUUAAGUAAUUUUAAUAAAUAAAUAUUUAAUUAGUUAAUAUUAACAAAAUGCAAAAGAAAUCUUAAA